AAAACAUAACAAAACUCCAUCCAGGACUAAAAUGUAAAAACUAAAAAGAUCCUCAUUCCUCAUUCUCGCUAUAAAGAUCGCUUCUAAUUUUACCGUUAAUCUUCACCGAGCAAACCUCCAUUUUUAGUUUCUCUUGCUUCGCAUUUCCCCAAGUACACAACGCGAUGGAGGAGACAAACUCCACACCAAAAGUCCCGAAGAAAAAACCUCAGCUUUUUGCUGCUCGCCCACCUUAUUUCCAGGUUUGUUUUCCCUCUCCUUCGAUACGUCCCAUUUCAUCAGCUUGUUUUCGGGUUCAUUUGUCUUCCAAUAGAUGAUUAAAGAAGCAAUCUUAGAUGUUCACGACAAAACUGGAUCCAGCCCUCACGCAAUUGGUAAAUACAUGGAGGAGAAGAACAGAGGAAAUUUCCCUGAAAACUUCCGCAAGCUUCUCGCAGUUCAGUUGAGGAACAGUACAGUUGAGGGCAAGCUUAUCAAGGUGAAGGCUUCAUUUAAGUUGUCCUCAUCUGGUAAUCAGGGAGAGAAAAAGGCUGCUGAGGAUGUGAAGCCUAGGGUAGCUGGUGAGAGGAAGAAGACGACUAAGGAGGUCUCUGCAACUGCGAAAAGAAAGGUUUUUGAGGCUACGAAGAAGGGUGGCGGUGAUGUUAAGGGUGUUAAGAAGGCAAAGGUGGUGAAGGUGGCGAAGGUGGUGAAGAAGGUGAGGGGAGCUGCUCCGGCGAAGCCUAAGGCUAAGUCGAUCAAAGCUCCGGCGGCCAAUAAAGCCAAGAAGGCUGCAGCUUGAGGUGCUGUCAGACUUGUCGUUUUUUGCUUUUUAAUGUGACAUGAGUGUAGUUUUUGUAUAAUUGUUUCUUUUUUUUUU